AUCACAAGCCGUACAUAUCCAAUCAGUAUGGACUCCUCAUUACCUGUCGCUGCCGAGGGCUCCGUGCAAAAGUUCAUGAACGUCCCCCAUGACCAAAGAUGGGAGUGUCUCAAACCAACAAUCAUUCAAAUUUAUAUGGAGGAAAACGAAAAGAUUGCACGUGUUGCAGAGCGAAUGAAAGAUAGCUAUGACUUUGAUGCUCAAGUUCCUCACUACCGGUAUCGAUUCAAAAAGUGGGGGGUCAAGAAGAGGACUACGACAGAAGAGAAGAAUGCUGUUAUUAGUUCACUCGGAAAACGUCGUCGGCAAGAUGUAAGGAGCAUAACCGACGUGACUAUAGAUCAAGGAGGUAUAAGAAAAGCUAUAGAUGGAAAACAACUCAAGCGACAUAUCAAUCAGAGUAUUCGGCAUAGUGAGCCGUUGACUUGGACCCCGGGAUUGUUCUUUCGAUACAACCCCCUAUAUACGGCCUUGGUCGAUAAUAUCGGGGGAUACGACCGAUCACAAGCAUCAUCACCUAAUGCAGGCCCUGCCUCCCCGGACUACUUGAUGAUAAACAGUUUAGAAAAGAGCGACUCUGCUUCUGGAAAUCAUGGUACAAUCUCACCGACCAAAGAACUAAUCCAGAGAAAGGUUUUCUUAGAUAGAGCUAGGCUCUUUCUGGGAGGCAGAGAGUACGACUUGAUGGCGCAAAUAGAUAGGGAGGAGAGAAAGCAUAUCGCGGCAUGGCUCCAUGACUUUUGGAUUUACUCGUUUACAACGAUGAAGCACUGGGGUAAAGGGCCUAUGGUUUGGAGUCUGAAAUUAGUAGAUUCCAUGUCGCCUUCCAGGAACCCAUUCACAUAUGUGCCAAAGAAUCGCAUUGAGGGAAACCAAGUAUCGGAAUUCCUCCCACGCCUCGCAUAUAUCCCCCCACUCAACAAUCCGACGCAGCUUUGCAGAUGGGCUAUCCAUUAUAAGCCACCUCGUUAUCAAAGAGACCAAACGCCCUCUGAAUCCUUAGUGGAUAAAGGCAAACGCAGAUUUGAUAUAAAUGAUGAUGAGUUUACAUGGCCCGAAUGGCCUGUUACUGACCCCCCUGAAGACCCCGGAGCGAUCAUUUCCCAGGGGCUCCAUCAGAAUUUGUUCAAUUCGGUGGAGCCGGAGGAAAUCCCCUUAGACGCUGAUUCAGUAUCGGAUAUUAUAGAAAAGCGCCCGGAUGAGUUUCGAGCAGAGAUAUUCGGCAUCGCUAUCAUGUCCCGCAAUCUUGAUGCCAUAAACAGUAUCAUCUACAACUAUGAAGGGAACUUUCCAGCGUGGUUUUCGAACGUGUUCCCAUUUCAUCUAGCAGCAAGAUUCCUGGAUGGGGCCAAGACCUGCUGUCUCGUUCUACAGAUGUUACUCGACAAUUUAGGUAAUGAGAUGUCACUUCGUGCCAACUACGUUGACAAUAACGGACACACCGUGUUGGACACCCUGUUUGUUACCAUCCUCCGCUCGCAUAGUACUGUCCCGCUUCGAGUCAUAAGUGAUUCCUUCAUUGAUAAAUCAAAUGAUCUUGGGCAGGGUGUUGACCCUUGCGGGAGAUGGGAUGCGGAUUCGCCUUGUAUUCGACAGCUGUAUGCUUCAGGGCAAUCGACAAUCCCGCCUCAGUGGAAACAUGUGUUUUGUCAUACAUCGGUUCAAGCAGUAUGCCACUUCAUAUCUAUAAUGUUCGCUCGGCCCUAUCACCCAUUUAUCAAUACGCCAAGUGGAUUGUUUCUGAGGCGCUGUGGUCACUGUGGGCUGAAGCUUCAAGUUGGACCUCUCCAUGCCUUAAUCUUGACCGCAUACCACCUCGCUGAGGAUGGCAUCCCUGGCGAAAGUCUAUUUGGGAUGGUAUCUUGUCUCGUCUGUUUAUUGACCUUUCGUGCGGAUCCCCGUGUUGCUGUACAAGUUCCAAUGUCAGCAUGGGUAGGAUACGACACGAGCGAGGAUUGUCAGCACAAAUAUAUGAAUGCUGCAGAGCUAGCGUUGGAAAUAUUUUCACAUAAAGGGGGAACAUGGUCACACAAAAUACGAACAGGUUGGAAAUGCUUAGAAACCGACAUAAGCGAUUUCAAAAAUAUCCAGACUUGCGAUUUCGGUACCCAUAUGUAUAAAGGAUCUUCCCGAGAGAAUCUAGUCUAUUGCGGCAAUAGACAAUUGGGAAUGAUCUGGGCGGCCAUACAGGCAGAAAUAUUGACGUAUCGCCGUUUGAGCGAGAAUGACCCUUGGUUAUCCGCCCGGUUUGAUAUGGAACUCCUCCUUAAGGGAUUGGAAGAAAACGAUGAUCGAUAUCUUAAACUGCUUCUAGGGACCGGGAAAGACCCUCAAGACGACUUAUUGAAACCCUUCUCGAGGUGUGGUCUUUUCCUGGAAGCAGCAAAUCCAGGAUGUCCGUUGAGGGAGGAGGUUUGCAGAUCGUAUUAUGCGAAUCUUGAUGAUUGGAAGCGUACUACUUUUAUCAAGAGAUGCUUCGGAAGCUUUGACGGGUAG